AUGACGACGGAAGAACAGUUUCACGCGGCUGUUAAUGUGAUCCGGAAUCUGCCAAAAAAUGGAGCAUAUCAACCUAGCAAUGAAGUUAUGCUACGUUUUUAUGCAUAUUAUAAACAAGCAACAGAGGGACCAUGCGAACAACCAAAGCCUGCAUUCUGGGAAGUAAUUAAAAAGGCAAAAUGGGAUGCUUGGACACGUUUAGGAAACAUGAGUAAAACAGAGGCUAUGAAUAAUUAUGUGGAAGAACUGAAAAAGAUCGUAGAAACAAUGUCUUAUACAGAUAAGGUAGCUACAUUUUUAGACAGUUUAGAUACAUUUUGCGAUAAUGUCCCACCUGAAGAUCUGGAACUACUUCUUGGCCCAGUUUUAGAUCGUAUGCGUUCGCAACCUGAUUUACCAUUAUCUGGUUCGCCUCUAGCAUCAAGGGAAACAUCACCGCAUAGAUCUUGCAAUGUGUCUCGGCAUAUUGCUAGUAGUUUAGAAACUAGCCCAGCCAGUAGCCACAGUGUCAGUCCACCUGACACCGAUGGAGAAGAAGAAGAAGAAGAAGAAGAAGAAGAAGAAGAAGAAGAAGAAUUUAUAGAUACCGUCGAAUCUGCUCCAGAACGAUCGCAAAAGGACACGAUAAAAGGUUCGAAUAAUACUCAAAAAAUAUCUAAUGGAUUGAAUAGUACUACUGACAAAGCUGCCGAAUCAAAAGAAAGUCAACCUUCAGAAUUAAUUAAUGGAUACACUAAUACAAAUGGUCACACAGAAACGGUAACAGAAAGUAAACAAGAGAAAAAUAAACAGCGUACUAAAAAGGAUGAGAAAACCAAUGCUGAAUUUAUGAAUCAAAUAGCUACAACUAUGCAAAAUUUACAAAGAGAUUUAGAUAGAAUAACGGCUAGAGUCCGUUGCUUAGAAGGUCAAACACUGCAAGCAUUGAUGCCACAAAUAAAGCAGCCUACAUCUUCGUACCCACAGUGGUGGCCUUUACCAGAAUGUUCACCCCGGUUAUUCAGUAUUUUAAUUUUAUGGCCGUUCGUAGUACAAUUUUUAAUUACUUUAACACAACGUUAUCGUCAGCGGAGACUGUGAUUUAAUCAUUACUGUUAUCUCGUUCAAAGUAUAUUCCACUUCUUAAUAUUAGAUAACGUUAAGUGCAAAUAAUAUAAAGUUUUUAUAAGAAUUAUAAUUCAGAAGCAAGUUUCUGUAAUUGAAAUAUAUAUAUAUAUAGUAUAUAUAUAUUUGGCCAAAAGUAAGGAUAAAAUGAUCCCAGUUUCCCAUAAAUUAUCAUUAAUCGUGUAAAAGUUUGAAAUUUGUUCCAUGAACUGUUUACAUUUAAAAAAUAUGUGUACAGUAAUUGUAUAGAAAGAUUUAUUUAUUUUAAAGAUUGAAAGAAUCAGAGAAAGAUUUUAUCGGUAUCUGUGCGUUAAUAUAUUAAAAACAGCUGAAUUAAUAUAAUCCUUUAUGUACAAUAGAUAGUUACAUGUAUGUAUUCAUAUAUUGUAAUAUAGAAAAGAAAUUAUAUACAAAUUUUAUACUGUAAAUUCAGGUUAAAGGUAUAAAAUAGAAUAUAUUAUAAUGUGCAAUUCUGUUUUUAAAAAAAUUACGAUCUAUUUAGGAUAAUAGUAUAGCUGUUCUCGAUAGCACCACAGAAUCCUUUUUUCAUUUUCAUAUAAUUUUAAGUUGAAAACAGAUAUACUAUAAAACUCGUGUACAAAUGUUGUAUAAAAAUGUGCAAUUUUUAAUCGUAUAUUGUAAUAAUAUUUAUAGUUUGUACUUGUUUUGCAGAGCUUUUAUUAAGUAGUACAACUAUGAAUGAUGAUAAGACUUGUCUCAUCAUACAUUAAUAUUUUUCACUUUGUACAAUUUCAAUAAAAUAUUAAAAAGUA